UUCAACGUUUGAAAAAUCGCGAUUAACAGAGUCACGGAUGGUAUUAUAAUUACCGGAAUAUCAUAUUCUGCACGUGGUUGCCAUCCGCGUAAAUCAUCCAAUGCCAUGAACACAAAAGUCAACAUUCGUAAAGACAGACCUACCGGCAUCAAUACAAUCCGUGCUAAGGUACAUUAUGUCAGCAGCCUAUCGAGCAGGCUUCAUUCUACUUACGUCUGCUCAUACGAUUUAAUAUUUACGUAGAGCUUGCCGCACAACCAGUUUUUGCGCCUAUCGAAACAGGCCCCAUUUCUGUACUAACAUUUUCUGUUACAAGCCAAUAUAUCGUGCUAACUUGUCUACAAUUUAAAUUAAAACAAUUAACAUGAUGUUGGUUAGAAAUUUUUGCAAGAACUCAGUGAUACAAAUUAGACGGUAUUCUGUAGAUGCUUUAAAAAAGAAGUCACCGAAAAUACUAAUUACUGGUGGCCUAGGUCAAUUAGGUGUGGAAUGUGCCAAGUAUCUUCGCGGAAAAUAUGGCAGGGACAACGUCAUUCUCUCCGAUAUAAUCAAACCAACAAGCGAAAUUGUUAACGACGGGCCAUAUCUUUUUGUAGACAUCUUAGAUUUUAAAGGUUUACAGAAAAUUGUAGUGGACCACAGAGUCGAUUGGCUCAUACAUUUUUCAGCUUUACUUAGUGCAAUUGGGGAGCAAAAUGUUCCUUUAGCAGUAAGAGUGAAUAUAGAAGGAAUGCAUAACGUCAUAGAAUUAGCGAAACAGUAUAAACUUAGAAUAUUUGUACCAAGUACAAUAGGUGCGUUCGGCCCUGAUUCUCCUAGAAAUCCUACUCCAAAUAUAACUGUGCAAAGACCUAGAACAAUAUAUGGAGUUUCCAAAGUACACGCGGAGUUGUUGGGUGAAUACUAUUUCUAUAAAUUCGGUUUGGACUUCAGAUGUUUAAGAUUUCCUGGAGUUAUAUCAAGUGACCCACCCGGCGGCGGUACAACAGACUAUGCCAUAGCAAUUUUCCAUGAUAUCCUACGCAAAGGGCAAUACGAAUGCUACUUGAAACCAGACACCAGGCUUCCCAUGAUGCACGUGAAGGAUGCUCUUAGAGCAUUAUCAGAGUUCCUCGAAGUGCCUAAUUCGAAACUAGUCAGGAGAGUGUACAAUGUAACCUCCAUGAGUUUCACACCUGAAGAACUAGUGGCAGCCAUGUCACGUCACGUAUCAGAUUUGAAGAUUACAUAUAGACCUGAUAGUAGGCAAGAUAUUGCUGAUUCGUGGCCUCAGGUAUUUGAUGACAGCGAAGCACGUCGCGACUGGAACUGGAAGCCUGAAGUGGAUCUGGAGAAUUUGGUCAAACUAAUGAUGAAAGAAGUCAAAGAGAAGAUAGUAUUAAAUGGUCUAGAUUAAAUUGUAGACAAUGAAAAUAGUAUAAUAAUUGGACGUGUUAAUAAUAAAAUAGGAUAAUGCAAAUUAGUUACUAAUUGUACAUUAUAUACGACCUAAGCAAUUCAUGAGAAUUCAUGGGCAUAUAAUGUCCCUGUUUAGGCAAGACCAUAAUAAUAUCUCCUGUUAAGCAAAAAUGCUUGUUAGGAGACACCACUUUUUCAUAAUAAUUAAUUACAUUCCAUGGUCUUUACCUUUCACCUUUUGUUAUUAGUCAAGAUGAUAUUAGUUAUUUUCUAAAAAAAUAAUAUUAAAAUAAAAAACUAAUCUAUAAUUUUAAGCAUCGAAAAUAUCUUCAUACAUGAAGGGGCUAUCUGUGGUAAAAAUUUUCUAGCAUUUCUAGGAAUAUCUGCAGCUAUUCUGUAAAUAAGUUCAGAAAAGCUGUCAAGACCAACGAAUUAAUACAAGUCAGUAUCAUAGGACAAAAAAAAAAAUUAACGGUACAGUUUAACAACGAGUAUGCAAAGUAGUUUAUUAUAUAAUAAAUGUAAAUUUUACUGGUUGUGAAUAAUAAAAUACCUCAAAUUAAAAUUCUAGGAAUGAUUAAUAAAUUAUAAGAUCUAGUAAAUUAUAUAUUGCUAUUAAUUAAAUUAAAAAUAUAAAUUCCAUAGAUAAUAAUGAAUUUUAAUAUGUAGAUUGGUAUAAUACAUAUAUAAAAUAAAAAAACGAACUGCGUUCAAUUCCUUUAUUAUAUUAGUAAUGCAAUAUAAACUUUAAAAAUAAAUACAUAAAUUAUAGUACAUUAAACGAGACGUUUUCUGAGGUAUCGAUGAGGAAGGACUGCGAGCUAUAAACACAUGCUAGACAUUUAAAAUACUCAUACAUCGUCAUAGUCGUAGAAUACUGACGGAUCUGACAAAGAUUACAUAUAAAGAUCCGUCAGUAUUCUACGACUAUGACGACAUGUAGUGUAAGGAGUAUGAAAAUCAUAGAAUAAUUUAGUACUUUGUAGUAUGUAUAUGUUAAAUGUAACCCACGACGUAUCGCAAUUUUUUGUGUGUACAUAAUCUCAAGACAUGUAUCAUUCUUACUUUCAUACUAAUAUUAAAAAUUUAAAAGCGUGUUUAUCUGUUACCUGUUAAUGCCUUAACGGCUUAACCACUAUGAAAUUUUGUAUACACAUACUAUAUGGCAUGGAGUUAUAGGCUACAUUUUAUCCCGGUCAAUACAUAUAUUCCGGUCACUGGUUCAAUAAACCUUACACCAUAGAGUGAUAAAGAUCGCACGGGUACCUUAAAUUUAUACGAAAAGUGUUGACUUUUUAUAUUAUAUAAUUAUAUAUAAUUUAGUAUUGACCCGUUGGGGUCAAUACUAAAUUAUUUGCCUUUAAACUUUUUUGUAUAUCUAUGUAAAUUUCUUUUUAAAUGGUGUCAAGGCUUUAUUAAGUAACCAAAAAUUAAUGAAUAAAAUUGUGUUCUAUAUUUUGUAGUUAGGUUUACUAUUAUGUUAGAUACUCUCUCCUACCGCAAGAAACGUCUCACUGCCAAUUAAUCUACAGAUAACGUAGGUAAUAAUUAUACGAGGUUCGCACAUCAACAUACACAUACGUAUGAUAUUGUAACUUUGAAUGGCCUCCAUUCAAUAUACAUUUUUGAUUAACCUCCGCAUACUUUUCAAUAAAUUGAGUCCAUGUUUGAUCCCGAAUACCAAUAAAUAGAUCUAAAAUUAGACACAAAAUGUAAAUUUAUUUAGUAUUUGCCGAGAUUUCGAGCCUCCGAAGUAAUAAAUAAAUAUGCCAAUUUCUUUA